GAGCAGAGUCUGUAAUAUCCAGUUGUGUGUCUAUGAAGAGUGACCGGUCUAAAGAUUUUCUUCCUCCAGACUUCAGUAAUGAACCUGGACCCUCAGACACAAAGAAGAGGAAGAGGAAGAGGAAGAGGAGGGCUGUUUCUGUGGAGGAGCAGCUGUCCUGCUGUUCUUUGUGUCAGGACGUCCUGAAGGAUCCAGUCUCUACCAGCUGUGGACACUGGUUCUGCAGACAGUGCAUCAUCUCAUACUGGGACCAGUCUGCUUCAUCAGGAGACUCCUCCUGUCCCCAGUGUGGAAAAAGAUCCAGAACCAGACCUGGACUGCAGACAGACAGUCAGACCAGCACUGUACAAACAGAAAGUGGUCUGCAGGAGGUUUUAGAUGAACAUCAGAUCAGUCUGAGCAGCACAUGUGAAUGUGUGACUCAAGGAACUGAUGAAGCAGGAACUAAAACCUUCCUCAUCGGCAUCUUCACUGAGGUCCACAUCACAGAGGGACAGAGGAGCCAUGGAGAAAUCUCUCAGAAGUAA